AUGCCCUCAGAUCCAAAAUUUCACCACAUUAGUGGUGAAAUUAUUCAACAUAAGAUAAUCGGUAAAGUAAAGAAAGCUCAAUUUUUUGCUAUUCUGACUGACGAGACGACCGAGAUUUCGCGUAUGGAGCAAGUCUCGCUGUGCUUACGAUAUGUUGAUUUAAAAGAUGUUAAACACCAUAAAAUUAAGGAGAUGUUCCUCGAGUACAUUCCAACUGUUGACGUGACAGGAUCCGAUCUUGCAAAUCUCAUAAUUACAGCUCUGAAAAAGCAUGGACUUGAAAGUUCUCAUACGGUUGGUCAAUGUUACGAUGGGGCUGCAGCAAUGAGUGGGUAUUUUCACGGUGCCGAGGCAUAUAUUCGUCAAGAAUGUACUCUUGCUCUUUAUGUACAUUGUAGUGCCCACUGA